CAGCCUCAAUUUCUUACGUUAUCUGGGUAUCAUUGAAACAGGGCAUCAUUUUUUCCUUUUGCUUAAGCGAGAUGGAGAAGGAGAUGAAACAACCGAAAUUCAAGAGGAUUUGUGUGUUUUGUGGGAGUAGUUCUGGGAAUAAAAACAGCUACAGAGAUGCUGCGAUUGAGCUUGGCAAAGAAUUGGUUUCGAGAAAUAUCGAUCUGGUUUAUGGCGGCGGCAGUGUUGGCUUGAUGGGCUCGGUUUCUCAAGCUGUUUAUGACGGUGGCCGCCAUGUCCUUGGAGUGAUUCCCAAGGCACUUAGGCCCAGAGAGAUAACUGGAGAGCCAGUAGGGGAAGUGAAGGAAGUAGCAGAUAUGCACCAAAGGAAGGCUGAGAUGGCUAGACAAUCUGAUGCCUUUGUCGCCCUGCCAGGUGGCUAUGGCACUUUGGAAGAACUUCUUGAAGUGAUUACUUGGGCUCAACUGGGAAUCCAUGAUAAACCAGUGGGAUUGCUGAACGUGAAUGGUUUCUAUAAUCCCUUGUUGUCCUUCAUUGACAAAGCAGUGGAAGAAGGUUUCAUUUCUCCAAAUGAAAGGCAUAUCAUUGUGUCUGCCCCCACUGCAAAGGAGCUGGUGAAGAAAAUGGAGGAGUAUCUUCCACGCCAUAAAAAAAUUGCUCCUACGCAAAGCUGGGAGAUGGAACAACUGGGGAACUCCACAAACUGCGAUAUUUCUAGGUGAGGUUGAACCAUGAUGGCAGAGCAGUGCAGGGGAGGGCUAAUUUUAGGAGAUGAAGAUGUUCCUGAAAUGGGAUUUAUUUUUUGUUUUCUUAGAAUCAUUUUUUGACAUAAACCACAAGAACUAACUUCUUCAUUUGAAGCUUGACUUCAUUAUUUUUGCCCUCUAAUAAACAUGCAAUUUGCUU